AUGGGAGUGACUUUGAGAGAAAAGGCAGAAUUGGUCGUUUAUCAAUUGAAAGGUUUUGCUCAAGUGUGGUACAAUCAAUGGAAAGAAAUAAAAUCGGUGGGAGCGGGCCCCAUAGAGUGGGAAAUGUUUAAAUUUGCUUUUCUUGAUAGGUUCUUUCCCUUUGAGAUGAGGCAAACAAAGGUGCUUGAGUUCAUUAGCCUUUGUCAACGAAGUAUGAGUGUGAAGGAAUAUGCUCUAAAGUUCACACAACUAUCCAAAUAUGCUCCAACAAUGGUUGCCAAUUCUAGGGUAAGGAUGAAGGAGAAACUCAAGGAAAAGUCUAGAGAGGUAAAAAGGGCUAAAAAUGAUGAUGGUGAUUUCUCUCAUGCAAGGUCCGGUGGACAAGGUCGUCCUAAGUCUCGACAAGGAUUUUCCUGUCAAGGUUCCUCUAAUGCUUCUCCUAAAUUUAACAAUGAUAGGGUGUCUAACCCUAAACCUCAAGGAGGGAAUGGUGGUGGAUCUUCAUUGGCUAGGUCUACCUGUACUAAGUGUGGUAAAAAUCACGAUUGUAAGUGUCUAGCCGGCACAAAUGGUUGCUUUAGUUGUGGAAAGAGUGGUCACAAAAUGAGGGAUUGCCCAAUGCUUACGGCAAAAGAAAGGGAAGGAACGCAAGCUCCUCCUAGUGGUUUGAAUUCCAAUGCUUCAAAGAAAAACCGCUGCUAUGCUCUCCAAACCCGAGGUGACCAAGAGAGUUCUCCGAAUGUAGUUACCGGUAUGUUAAGAGGUUUUAAACUUGAUGUAUAUGUUUUACUAGACCCCGGUGCUACUUUGUCUUUUGUGACGUCAUAUGUGUCCAUGAAGUUUGAUGUGCUCCCCGAUGUAAUGUUAGAACCUUUUUCUGUCUCUACUUCUAUUGGUGAUUCUGUGGUGGCUAAGAAGGUUUAUAGCAUAGAGUUACUCUCGUUGACUUAG